UUUAUAAACUUCCACAACUUUAGAUACGUGCUAUGUUGGAUAAAUUAGUGGUUAUCAAACUUAAUGGUGGUCUGGGUACUUCCAUGGGUUGUCAUGGACCGAAAAGUGUUAUUCCUGUUCGUUCGGAUUUAACCUUUUUGGAUUUGACUGUACAACAAAUUGAGCACUUGAAUAAAACCUAUGAUGCUAAUGUGCCAUUAGUUCUUAUGAAUUCCUUUAACACCGAUGAGGAUACCGAAAAGAUUGUACGCAAAUACAAAGGUUUCCGUGUACAAAUCUAUACUUUUAAUCAAAGUUGUUUCCCACGCAUUAGUCGCGAAUCGUUCUUGCCCAUUGCCAAAGAUUUUAAUGUUGAAAAUGAUAUUGAAGCCUGGUAUCCCCCUGGUCACGGUGAUUUCUAUGAUACCUUCCGUUCUUCUGGUUUGUUGAAACAAUUCAUUGCUGAGGGUCGUGAAUAUUGUUUCUUGUCCAAUAUUGAUAACCUUGGCGCUACUGUUGAUUUAAAUAUUUUGAACAAAUUAUGUGGUGAAGACCGUCCCGAUAAGCCUGUUGAAUUUGUUAUGGAGGUUACCGAUAAGACAAGAGCUGAUGUUAAGGUAAAUUAAAAAAAUUUUACUAUU